AAGAGUGGAUUCUGCGUUGUGGAAACUAUUCAUUGUUUGACUUGCAGCAGAGUCAGGUGCGUAAUAAAUUCCUAUGUGCUCUUCACUUCACUGACAAUUCUUUUACGAAUGAGUUGAAAACAAAACAAGUAUUUAACGCCUUGCCAAAUCCAGAACCUCUGGAAGAGGCUGCAGACGUAGAAAACGAAGACAACACAGCGUUUACGAAAUGCACCAACAAGGAAGCUGUUCGCCACCCGCCCGUGAGCCAGUCCACAGUUCGCCAGAUACGUCGGUGCCAACAGAUUUAACACCAUGAAAACGACAGCUGACACAAAGAAUUAACGAGCAAAAGUUAAAAUUGGCAAAGCAGAGGAAAAAAACUGUGGAGAAUGUGACAUCUUGCCAUGAAGAAGCCUGAUCUAAAAGCUGUGGCAACAGAGGCUGUUAAGCAUAUGUCUCCAAAAUGUGGAACAUUAUUUGGUAUGCAGCUGCUACACAAGCCUUUCACUCCUAGGACGGAAGAGGAGAGACAACUGUCGUCGAGCUUAUUUUAUAAAAGCCCUGCCGCAUAUGACCACUUAAGAAGAGAAGUUGGAAUGAAACUGCCUUCGAAAAAAAUUAUUCAGAAGUGGGUCAGUGAAAUGGAUAUUAUAGCGGGCACAGAAACUAAACUAUUCGAACAUCUUGUAGAAAAAGUGAAGACAAUGGACGAAAGUUGCCGAGAUUGUGUAUUGGUGUUCGACGAAACGAGUGCGAGUACCCACAAGCAGAGGAGAGUGGGAGCAAAUUGCAGAGGAUUUCGAGAAGAAGUGGAACUGUUAUAACACUAUAGGAGCAACGGACGGAAAGCACAUUCGUAUUAAAUGUCCACAAGCUAGUGGAUCUCACUUUUUCAAUUAUAAAUCCUUCAACAGUAUCAUUUUAUUUGCCAUGGUAGAUGCUUCCUACAAAUUUUUGUAUGUAGAUGUAGGAACUAAUGGGCGUGUUGGUGAUGCUGGAGUGUUUUCAAAAAGCAAACUACGUGAGUGUCUCAUUGACCGAUCUAUGCUCAACAUUCCUGAAGGCAGGAAGCUUGGGAACACAAACAUUACAACUCCAAUGGUAGUACUGGCAGAUGACGCUUUUCCUCUGAGUUAUAACAUUAUGAAGCCAUACUCCUUAAAAGGAAUCACAAAAGAAGAAAAUGUUUUCAAUUACCGACUGUCACGAGGGAGAAGAUUAGUGGAGAGCAGAUUUGGCAUUCUUGCAAGUCGUUUCAGGAUUUUUCUUACUACCAUUAAUCUGCCUCCUGAAAAAGUUACCACAAUAACACUGGCUGCCUGCACACUGUACUACAACUUGUUAACUGAGAGAAGAAAACACUUGUACACUCGUCAGGAAACAGUGUCUGCCGUAGUAGGAGACUGCACUUACCUUGAGACACAAAAGCACUGAGGACCUACAGAAAAUGGAACCUAUAGCUUGCCAAGCUGCUUCUGGACGUCCAGUACACGGGAGAGCAGUUAGGGAAUACUUUAAGACAUUUUACAAUGGCGCUGGGAAAGUGCCCUGGCAAGAUAAUCACAUUUAGUAACGUAAAAUGUAAACAAAUGUACCUACCGCAAACAUUUCCUCAAACGUCGGUGUGGCAUGUUCACUUCCAGUUUCACUUUCCGUGCUCUCCAAAUUGCACACACUCUCGUUGGCCUCUGUUGACUGGUCUAGAAAUUUCAGCAUUUGAAACCAGUACACUUGUGGUGUAUACGCCGCCUGCGCACUGGCUCCACUUUUGCUUUUAUGCAUCUGCAAUAUCAAUAAUGAAAAUAAUUUAAACUACUUGUAGGUUACGUAAACAUUAUUGUAUGCUUCAAGUCGCUGCAGUGAACAAAUUAAUGCUAAUCAUGUGUAUGACAUGUAAACUUUACUUGCAUAAAUAAAUAUAAAUGAAUAUGUCAAUACGUACUUUUGCUUUCUCGUACGAGUAGCUAGUACGGAGGCCAUUUAUCUUCCUCUUUAUAUCCUCGGCCGUACAUCCUGGCCGUAUGUCACGGCUGAUAAUCUCUGCUAUAUUUUUAUAACUCUCCAAUCUUCUUAAUCUAUUUUUAUAUUCAGGGUGCCUCACAUUGUAAAGCGCCUCAUCCGCUUCAUACAUUUCAAUUAAUUUUGUGGUAGACGCCACACACCAAUUGUAUUUAGCAGCCAUGUUUACAAACACAAAAGAUGACAGAACGCUCCAGCGAUGCUGGCGCUCCGCGUGGUAACAUAUCGCAUUGCAGUGAACAGAAGACAAGCGAUUUCUUUGAUCAAAUAUACCGCCUCGGCCUAGAUUUGAUCAAAUAUUGGACGACAUUUGUCAAAGAUCCCUAUUACACUAUCAAAUAUCUUUGACAAAGAUAUUGGACAAAGAAAUUUGAUAGUGUAAUACCGGCCUUAGCGGCAAGAAGCCUGGGCUCACAAUUCGUGCUUUGUUGACACUUUGGAAUGACACGAAAAGCAACAUCGCGGGUGAACCAAGAUCCCAUAGAAAAUGCAUUUUCAGUAAUCCACCAACGAUCAGGUUUCAACAGGAAUCCCAGCUGCCAGGAAUUCCGCAUAAACUUGCAGCACAUCGUGGUAGCAUCACUAAUACAACCUGUUGAUUCGGCGAACUGUGAACUCGAUGAGGACCAUUCUGUGCUGGAAGGCAACGAUUGUGUGACCUCUUCGGCAAUUAACGUUAGCACGAAUGGAGACUGCGAAAAACAUGUUUCGAAAGAAGCUGCACACGAAGUACGUGAGCUUGUGCACGGUGCUGAAUUAGAGUGACGGGAGUCAUCCAGCGUCAAAAAAUUAAAUUGUGACGUUUGUGUGUCGGAACUGCUUAAAGGCAACAAGACUGUGGAAAGUGCGGAUGAACUCUUAUAUACUUCACAAAGCUUAUGAAACGUCCGCGGGAGACUUGGGCGAAUUAAGAGCCCCUUCAGAAAAUCUGACUGCCGUAGUUAGAUCUAAUUUAAAAGUGUUCAACGACGUGUUCAAAACUGUCCAUUACGAGUUUGGCGUAUACUGCAGCCUUGUGGAUUCAAUGCUGAGGGACAAUGAACGUUUGUAUCCUCAAUGGCUUCAGCUUGAUCCGUGCUCAAUGCAUCGAAACUAUAUCUUAGAAAUGCUUUGUAAAGUACGGCUGCAGAAGGAGCUACUUUGGAUUUCAAACGAAAUGUAUCCAGCAAAAGACUCAAAAGCAUCCAAACUUCGUGGGGUAAAUAAAUAAAUUCAGACUAUAACUUUGUUAUUGCAAAGCUAAAGUUUAAUUUUACCUUACUAUGUAUUAUAUUUUACUGUGUUUAUUUUCUGUCUGCAGUUUGCUUAUUUAUGAACCACUGUGUCUGUCCAACACGUCUGUUAACUCUUUUAAUUUCUUUUAUUUCAUGAGAACGGUUAUAUUUAAUACCAUAUGUAUCACAUGAUUAUGAUUAGAUCUGAUGGGUUUUCGGGGAAUCACCGACUUUUCCUCACAUGAUGUUCUGGGCGCAAAAGAAUUUUAUAUCUAUGGAUAACAUGUAUUAAUUGAUUUCAGUUUCUA